AUUUAGAACAUUAAGAUGGAAGAACUGGAAAACCUUAAGAACAGCCAUUCUCGUAUGCUGUACAUCAUCAGCCAAAUGUACAAGGAUAAUGAAAUCUCCAGACAAGUUAAGAUAAACCUGAAAUAUUUGGUAUUCCUUAACGACGCUAACCUCCUUGGAAUUCUUAAUAAGGGAUAUGUCAAUAUUCAAGAUCUCAAAGAAGAGAUUAAGACAUUAGGCAAAAACUUAAAUAAUGAAGACCUUGAAGAGGAAUUCAAGAGUGCUGAAGUUUUCAGAAUUGACCAACAACCUCAAAGUACAACUCAAGCAACUCAAGAAGAAACUGUGCAGUUCUUGGCAGGAGAGUCUAGCCCAAUUUCAUCCUUUUUACAAAAGGCUAAGAAAAGGAAGCAAAGAAGUGAUAAGCCAGUGGAUAACUUCCAUCUGGACCAGGCUGCUCAAAAUGCUAGUACAAAUGUGAGUCAAAAUGAGAGUAAUCCAAUUAUUCAGGAGUGCGACUUUGGAGCUUCUCCCAAAGUCACCCUGCCUAGUAGAAGAAAUAAAUAAGUUUCGUGGUAAAUAUUGAUAUUUGUA